GUGCAUCCAUCGAUUCCCACGUUGGCCUCCUUUGUCGUGCUCGAUCAUCUGUUUCAUCCAUUCAUCCAUUGUUCAUUGCACUGGGCGUGUGAGAAUUUCUGUCAGGAGUGGAACCGACAGCCUUGAACCGGGAUUGAUUGAACCGAUCAGACUUCAGGCUCGGGGUGAGGAGGAGGAGGAGGAGGUUUCUCGGCUGAGUGAGAAGCAGAGGAAGGAAGAGAGUUGCGGGAGAAAAAUUGUUGGAAGAGAGAAACCUUCCUUUCGAAUUUAUUCGGUGUCUUCGUUGAGGAGGAGGAGGUGGUGGUCGGGAAGAAGUAGGAGGCGAGCGGCAGGAUGGUGCUCUUGAUGCUGAAAAUCAAGGCCGAUCUUGAGAACCUUACGAAUUUGAAUCCCACUGGUGGCUCCGAUGGUAGCGAGUUCACGUUCUACUUUAAGGUGAAAUGCGGUGGAUGUGGAAGUAUUAGCGAGAAGGAUUCAACCGUCACGGCUUCAGAACAGUAUCCCAUUCCCAAGAGUCGGGGAACAGCACAUCUUGUGCAGAAGUGUAAAUUGUGUGAUAGUGUGGGGAACAUCUCCUUGAUCGACGGGCGUGGAAAACCCUACACAGCCGAAGAUAGCGAAGCUGGAAAGUUUGUGCCAGUGGCGUGCUUUGAUUGUAGGGGCAUGGAACCAGCAACUUUCUCUCUGAGAGAUGGUUGGUCAGCUGAAGGGUUAUCUGGGACCAAGUUUGAGAAUAUUGAUCUAACAGAUGGAGAAUGGUCGGAGUAUGAUGAACGAGCUUCUGCAUCAGUAGGAAUUCUGAAUAUCGAACACACCUUCGAUGUCACGAAAUAGUCUGCGUCGACACCUCGACUAGUUCUGUGGCAUGUCUCCUCUCAGCUGUGUGCUCAGGUUGUCCUUCGGUUCGGAAAGUUUGGAUGCCUAACCAAAUUCUUCCUGAAUUAUGGAGGUAAAACAACAGAAACGUUUCACAUAACCACAGUCUCAGCUUUGUGGUACAACACUCCUAAGCAAGCCCAAAUCUCAAGCCUUGCAGUAAUAAACUUAGGAAGCCUGACGUCCUCACAUCUGCUUUGUACAUUUUGGAUUGUUAUAUAAAAACGAGAACAAAAAUAUGCGCUAAUAUUGUAC